AUGAACCCAAUUCCAAUUCUUCAUCAUGAACUGAAUGUUGCAGCUGAAGCAGGUGAUAUAGGCCUCCUCUAUGGAGUAAUCCAAGUUAAUUCAUCGAUUUUAGAGAUUAUAGAUUCGAAUGAGUUUGUCAAAACUCCAUUACAUAUCGCAGCAACACGGGGGCACCUCCCGUUUGCGAUUGAGGUUAUGAAUUUGAAACCAUCGUUUGCUUUGAAGCUAAAUCAGGAAGGACUCAGCCCUAUUCACCUGGCUAUACAAAACAACCACAGGAGUAUGGUAUUUUGUUUGGUGGACAUGAACAAGGACCUUGUCAGACUCAAAGGGAAGGAGGGCAUGACUCCUCUUCAUUUUGCAAGUCAAAAUGGUGAGGAUGAAAUUUUAGCUAAACUCCUCUUUGCUUGUCCAGAAUCCAUUGAAGACGUAACUGUGAGGGGUAAGACUGCAUUGCAUAUUGCUGUGCAAAAUAACCAGUAUGAGGUUCUUAAACUCCUAGUUUGCUUUCUCAAGAAAAAUACCAAGAGAGGUGCAAGGAAAUUAGAAUAUAAAAUUCUAAAUCAAAAGGAUGAGAUUGGCAACACCAUUUUGCACAUAUUAGCGGCGCUAAUGAUGAUCCAGCCAAAUCCACAGCCUGAGGAAGCUGCACAGGCACUUCGAUUGUUGGUAAAGAGUGGGGUAAAUUUGAAUGCAAAGAACUCGGAAAACAAAACAGCAUUGGACAUAGCAGCCAAUGAAGACAUUGCGAGGAUAUUGUUAAGUGUUGGAGCAAGACACGGUGAAGAAGUCGUCGAUGCUCCCUUACUUGCAAAUCAACUAAGAUCAGAUACCACAAUUAUGAAUAAAGUGACAAUUUAUGUUAGUCGCUUUAGAAGUGAAAUAUUAGAGGAGCAACGCAGCACUUGGUUGAUUGUUGCGACCCUCGUUGCAACAGCGACCUAUCAAACAGUACUAAAUCCCCCUGGCGGAUUUUAUCAAACUAAUGCUACCAACAAAAAUUUGAACACCACUUCCUCCGAUUCUACUAUUUCUUCUGACCAAGGAAAUGCUGGGAAAUCGGUCUUGUCAAAUCUGAAUUUUAUUUUAUAUUCACAUUUGAAUGUGUUUUCCUUUUUGAUAUCAGUUAUGGCAAUACUUAUCAUGACUCCGUGGGGGGCCGUAGGCGGUACUCUGGUGUUCGGUCCGGUGGUUUGGUUUGCCCUUAGUUAUAUGUAUGCUAUGACGGUCAUAUCCCCUGCACCUUUCAGUCCCUUAAUUCAUAUCCUCAUAUCAUCUUUAAUUGGGUUAUCUAUAUUCUAUGUGUUAAUUUUAAACAUUAUUAAACUUUACCGUAAUCGUCAGCUGCAGCUGAUAGUAGAUCAGCAUGGUCACUAGAUAGAUGAUGGUACAACAUGCAAUCGCUAUUUACAUGUUCUGCAAGCAACAAUAUCUGAAUUGAAUAAAAUGUUGAGUGAAGUCGGUGAAUUGUAUAACAUUAUCUAUUGUAUUUAAUAUCUUAAUAAUCGUAUCUUGUACUACUACUUUUAUUGAAUGUACGUGUAUUAAUUGAUGUUUGGA